AUGGACCAAAGCCGUGCUAGAAAGAACAAACGAGAACAGAGGCGCGUGAAAAUAUUGCGAAAUGCCUUUACGGUUUUGAAGGAACUUCUUCCGAACAACAGCGACCUGAGGACAAAAAUUGAAAUUUUGACGAGCGCGUCAGAGUAUAUAGUGGUUUUAAACCAGAAGAUCAGAAACUUGCAGAGUCUGUUGAAAGAAGAACCGACAGAGCAUCCACGUUCAAGCUGCAGAUAUGCUCAGGUCGUUACGAAUAUCAAUUUGUCUCUGAAUACGAAUGCGAAUGCUUCACUGAAAGAGUGGAUUGACAGUGUUACGGGAAAGCAGAGCGACAACUGCAAGCAGAAAACUUCAUGGCAGUUAGUAGUGAUAGCUCCUUCACGUAAGGGUGAAGGACUGAAAUACUAUGUAAUUAUAAAUGCUGAUUAA